UGCCGCAUUCGGGGGCGGGGUUAGCCCUCGUGUCAUGUGAGGGCGCGGUCACGUGAGCGCCGCUGUCAUGGCGGUGGCCGGGGCGCUGCCGCUGCUGCUGCUGCUGAGCGGGGCGGCCGCGGGCUGCGGGUACCAGUCGUGCCCCCCGACCCGGCCGGACAUGCUGAACGUGCACCUGGUGCCGCACUCGCACGACGACGUGGGCUGGCUCAAGACGGUGGAUCAGUACUACUAUGGGGUGCGGAACCGCGAGCAGCACGCGGGCGUGCAGUACAUCCUGGACUCGGUGGUGGCCCAGCUGGCCGCCCGGCCCUCGCGGCGCUUCGUCUACGCCGAGGUGGCGUUCCUGGCACGCUGGUGGCGGCAGCAGGGCCCGGCCACGCGCAGGCUGCUCCGGGAGCUGGUGCAGCAGGGGCGGCUGGAGCUGGUCGGGGGGGGCUGGUGCAUGAACGACGAGGCCGCGGCUCACUACGGGGGGGCCCUGGUGCAGCUGGCCCUGGGCCGGCGCUUCCUGCGCCGCCUCUUCGGGGGCUGCGGCACGCCGCGCGUGGCCUGGCAGAUCGACCCCUUCGGGCACUCCCGCGAGCUGGCCGCCACCUUCGCCCAGAUGGGCUACGACGGGCUCUUCGUGGGCCGCGUGGACUACCAGGACAAGUGGGCGCGGCAGCAGCGCCGGGAGCUGGAGCUGCUCUGGAGGGGCAGCGAGAGCCUGGCCCCCCCCCGGGCCGACAUCUUCACCGGGAUCCUGCCCAACGUGUACGACCCCCCCGCGGGGCUGUGCUGGGACCAGCUCUGCACCGACCCCCCCGUGGUGGACGGGGACGGCCCCGAGCGCAACGUGGACGCCGUGGUCACCUCCUUCCUGCGGGCAGCGGCCACCCAGGCCCGGCACUACCGCACCAACCACAUCCUGAUGACCAUGGGCUCCGACUUCCACUACGAGAACGCCAACCUGUGGUUCAAGAACCUGGACAAGCUCAUUGCCCACGUCAAUGCCCGGCAAGCCAACGGCAGCCUCGUCCACGCCCUGUACUCCACCCCCUCCUGUUACCUGUGGGAGCUGCACCGGGCCAACCUCACCUGGCCCCUGAAGACGGACGAUUUCUUCCCCUACUCGGACGGCCCCCACCAGUUCUGGACCGGCUACUUCAGCAGCCGCCCGGCCUUCAAGGGCUACGAGCGGCUCAGCAGCGGCUUCCUGCAGAUCUGCAGCCAGCUGGAAGCCCUGGCCGGGCCCUCGGCGCGGGACGGUCCCUACGGCCCUGGGGACAGCUCGGUGCUCCGUGAGGCCGUGGCUGUGGCCCAGCACCACGACGCCGUGGCCGGCACCGAGAGGCAGCACGUGGCCGACGACUACGCCCGGCAGCUGGCCAAGGGCUGGGACAGCUGCCAGGUGCUGGUGGCCAACGCCCUGUCAUCCUGGGGGGGCACCAAGGACCCCCUGGUGUUCUGCAACGCCCUCAACAUCAGCGUGUGCCCCCUCAGCGAGACCACCCCCUCACGUGAGCACCCGGGGAGGGGCUUUUUCACCGUGAUCCUCUACAACCCCCUGGGCUGGGGCGUGACCUGGCCCGUGCGGCUGCCGGUCAGGGCCACCUCGUACUCUGUGACCGGCCCUCAGGGCCAGCCCGUGGCCAGCCAGGUGGUCCCGGUGUCCGGCGUGACCCAGCGGCUGCGGGGCGGCGCCGGGACGGCCCCGGGGGAGCUCCUGUUCCAGGGACCCCCUGGGACAACCCCCAGCUGGCCCUCGGGGACCCCCUGGGACCCUCCCAGGUGGCCCUCGGGGGACCCAGAGCCGCAGAUUGAGAACGAGCACCUGCGGGUCCGGUUCGACCCCGUCACGGGGCACCUGCUGGAGAUCCAGAACCUGGCCAAGGGCAUCUCGCUGCCCAUCUUCCAGAGCUUCUACUGGUACAACGCCAGCGCCGGGGACGGGCUGAGCCCCCAGGCCUCGGGUGCGUACAUCUUCCGGCCCAACGCCUCGGCGCCCAUCCCCGUGGCCAAACGCGCGGCCACGCACCUGCUCAAGACGGCGCUGGUGCAGGAGGUGCAGCAGAACUUCUCGGCGUGGUGCUCGCAGGUGCUGCGGCUGCGCCCGGGGCAGCCGUACCUGGAGCUGGAGUGGACCCUGGGGCCCAUCCCCGUGGCGGACGGGCUGGGCAAGGAGGUGAUCAGCCGCUUCGAGACGCCGCUGCGCACGGCUGGGCGCUUCUACACCGACUCCAACGGGCGCCAGGUGCUGGAGCGCAGGCGUGACUACCGGCCCACCUGGAACCUGAGCCAGACUGAGCCCGUGGCAGGGAAUUACUACCCCGUGAACACCCGGAUCUUCAUCAAGGACGAGAAGCUGCAGCUGACGGUGCUGACGGAUCGCUCGCAGGGCGGCAGCAGCCUCCAGGACGGCUCCCUGGAGCUGAUGGUGCACCGGCGGCUGCUGAGGGACGACAGCCGGGGGCUGGGGGAGCCCCUGGACGAGCGCGGCGCGGACGGGCGGGGGCUGGUGGUGCGGGGCCGGCACCUGGUGCUGCUGGACACGGCGGCCGCGGCGGCCGAGCAGCACCGGCCGCGGGCGCAGGAGAGCGUGACGCCGCCCGCCCUGGCGCUGGCACCGGGCACGGGGCCUCGCCUGCGCCAGGUGUCGGGGCUGCGGCGGGCGCUGCCCCCCAACGUGCACCUGCUGACGCUGGAGCCGCGCGGCGCCGGCGCCGUCCUGCUGCGCCUGGAGCACCUGUUCCAGGUGGGGGAGAGCCACAACGGCUCCCGCGCCGCCACCGUGGACCUGACGACCCUUUUCUCGGCCUUCACCAUCACCUCGGUGCAGGAGAUGGCUCUGGGGGGGGGACAUCCCCCCUGCACAGCGUGUCCCGCCUGCUCUGGAACACCCCCACAGGCACCCCCAAACCCCGGCCUGUGCCCAGGCUACCCGCGGCGCGUGCGGCUGGAGCCGAUGGAGAUCCGAACCUUCCUGGCCUCUGUGCAGUACCCGGGCCCCGGGGGGUCCUGAGAGACCCCCCACCCAAAAAAAGAAAUCAAAUUCAAA